CAAGACUGAAGCGAAGCUGGUUGAUCUACAAAGAGCACAUGAACUUAAAAGUUUUUGCCCACGAUGGAGAGAGAAACAAGUGGGCUCGCAGCUCAGCAACUAUCUCCACCUUUAAAUCGACUCUGGAUUAUAACCCUUGAAUUGUGACGGAGAGGAGGAGGAAGAGUGACGCAGCCAAUUAAACUGUGAAUCCUUCGCUAGCAGGGAUGAGCUGCGUGUUACUCUGAGGAGAAGAAGUGUAAUACACCACCACCCUGCGAAUGAGGGUGGGGCUCUCACUCUCCACUCCACAGACAAAGACCCCGGUAGAGAGAGUCCUGGUGUGAGAACUGGUCAUCGGGAGCAGGCUGUGGACCGGCACGGUCAAAAGUCACCAUGGGGUGCAACAUGUGUGUGGUUCAAAAGCCUGAGGAGCAGUACAGGGUCAUGUUCCAGAAGGGUCACAACAUGCUGUGCUCUCUCGACGCUGACGGUCGAUUAAAGGUGAAUGGGAAGGAGCUGUCCCGCCUUUCCACGGACCCCACCCUGGACAUGCGGGACCCUGUGCUGUCCAACAUACUGAGGCGGGGGGCUCGCAGACGGGCGGGUCUGGCGGGAGCUCCUGGAGGGUUAGUGCCUCUGACCAUGGGCAUGGCCGACUGUGUAGACAGCUGCACCCAGACAGACAUCAGCUUCCAGCAUAUGUUGACCCUGGGAAAGAGCAGCCAGCAUCCCUGUGGUGCUCCUCCCCCGCCCGACCCUCCGCCAUCCCCGCCGCUACCACCCCUACUGGAGCCAUAUCUACUCAAUGAACUCUUCAUAGAGCCUGUGUACUAUGACCCCACCGACUACUUCGAUAUCGCUCAGCAUGAAGUGGACCGGCAGGACGAGCUGGAAUAUGAGGAGGUGGAGCUGUGCAAGUUCCGUCAGCAGGAUAAACUCGGGCUGACGGUUUGUUACAGGACCGAUGACGAGGAGGACCUGGGGAUAUAUGUAGGAGAGGUGAACCCAAACAGUAUUGCUGCAAUGGAUGGCCGCAUCCGCAAGGGAGACAGAAUACUACAGAUAAAUGGAGUGGACAUCCAGGACAGAGAGGAGGCGGUCGCUAUUCUCACCAGAGAGGACAGCACUAACGUCUCCCUGCUCCUCGCACGACCCGAGAUAGAGAACGACAACCAGCUGGACCAAGAUGAGCUGGACCUGGAGCCCCUGGACAACGCUGUCCAUCUGCCCAGCAGCCACAGAGUGAGGUCCAGCACCUCCGUCCUGGGUGCUGGAGCAGGCGGUGUUGCAGGUGGAGGUGUACUAGGCGGUCACAGCCGCUCUAUAAGCAGGGAUUCACCUGAUUUGCUCCAGACGGUGUUGAGCAACAGCCAGGAGCUGGACAGCGGGGUGGGCCGUACAGACGAAAGCACACGUUAUGAGGAAUCGUCAGAACAUGACCUCCUGGGAGACGACCACACUAGCGCCCCCAAUACAAACGCCACCAACACGCCGGGCAGCAUGCGGAAGUUUUUGUCUGGUAGAGGAGAUACUCCGCCCUUGCUGCACUCCCAGGACCUCCAGUUCAGCACUGACUCCCUCUUAGGGCUGGACUGUGUAAACGGUGGAGGGCUGGAGCAGGUGGAGCGACUGGAAAGGACGUACGUGGCAGAUCCUGUGAGGAUGAUGAUGCCUGGGCUGACAGAGGAGGAGUGUGAGAGGUACAAAGAGCUGCUGGAAAUCAAGUUUUACUACGAGAAGAACAGUGACGCUCUGCUGCUGCUGGGAGGCCAGGGGCCGGAGCAAGAAGGCGGGAGUGUCGCACUGGACGUGAAUAGGAAUGAGAGCCUGACGCAGCAUGAGAUGGCUCUUUUGGAAGAGGAAUUGCGUCACUUGGAGUUCAAGUGUCGUAACAUCCUGAGGGCGCAGAAGAUGCAGCAGCUGCGGGAGCGAUGUCUGAAGGCUUGGCCUCUAGAGGACAAGAACGGAGCGAGUGCAGGUGCUGGACGCUUGGACAUUUGUGGGACUUUGGCCAAUGAGGAGUCCUGUCACCACGCUCUCUCAGAUAUCAACGAGCUUCCAGAGAGGGAGCGCUCCGAUAAGGACAGUACGAGUGCCUACAACACUGGAGGGGAGAGUUGCAGGAGCACCCCUCUGGUCAAUGAACAGUACCCAUCACCCUCUACACAGAGCCUGGAGGGAGGAGAGUCUCUUUGUUCAACUUUCACUAGGCAGAGAGAGAGGGGGACCAGGGACGGAGCACAAACAAACCUGAACCAACCCUACUCUAACACCCACAGAAGAGCAGCAGACACUAAGACAUCCAGCCCUGGAGCUAAAGUCAGGUCCCUGUCUCGAGAUGGGGGAACUAGGAGGGGCUCAGAUGGAGGGAUGAGACGUAACCCUAAAGCCAACGGGACAGCAGAGAGGGCUGGUGGACGCAGCGCAGAGAACAGCCCCUACCUGUCCCGUCGACAAACUGAAACAAAGCCUCCUCACCGCUACCUGAGCUGCAUGCAGCUGAGGUCUCCCUCCACAUCUGAGCAGCUCUGUGGUGUCAGAGAGACUCCCAGAGAAGGAAGCAUGGAGACUGGGGGUGACGACAGCCCGAUGAGCUUGGGUAGCACAUGUAAAGGCGUGGCCCAGGCCCCAGGUGCUGUACCAUUACCCUUGUCCCCCUCUCUGAUGCCUGCCUCCCCUCGUAUGGAGUGGAAGGUGAAGAUACGCAGUGACGGCUCUCGCUACGUGGCCAAACGGCCCGUGAGGGAUCGCCUACUGAAGGCACGCGCCAUGAAGAUCCGAGAGGAGCGCAGCGGCAUGACGACGGAUGACGACGCCGUAAGUGAAAUGAAGAUGGGCCGUUACUGGAGCAAAGAGGAGCGUAAGCAGCAGCUGCAGAAGGCCCGCGAGCAGCGGCGGCGUAGAGAGUUUAUGAUGCAGAGCCGUCUGGACUGUCUGAGGGAGCGCGAGAGGGAGCAGGGCGGCGGUGGCUGUCAACAGGGGGAGACACACCAGCAGGAAGCCAACUCUAUCCUGGAGCUUUGCCACCGCAGGAGCAUGAAGAAGCGCAGUCGCAGAAUUCUGGACAACUGGAUCACGAUUCAGGAGCUGCUGGCUCAUGGGAGCAGGUCUGCAGAUGGGAAGAAAGUCUACAACCCGCUGUUAUCUGUCACCACAGUGUGAGACUGUGGCACAGACAUCCGUCUGCAGGGAGGCAGCAUCGAUCCUAAACACAUGUCAAUGAUGGUCAUUGAACGUAGCAUCGGCCCAAAUCUGAAAUGUUUAAACAAGCACAUGACUGCGACUGCAGCAACAGUCAGUAUCACGUCCUCCUUAACAGAAAGACAAAACACACUUUAAACCACAUUGAAUUUGUUUGGUUGAAUGGGCGUGAAAAAGUCAGGGAAAGGCUUUUACCCAUGUUUACGUGUCAAAUGCGAAGAAUGUGAUUCUUUCUAUCUUCAUCUGAACAGACUUAAGAGACAAACACAUUAGCAACCUUUUCAGAGGGAAUCCAGCCAGAGAGCUGCAGCAAGACAAAGACGCACAUCGUCAUUCAUGUUGUGUCUCGUUACAUAAAGAGGAGAUGCUCUGUGAGAUGGCACCACCUGCUGUUAGACUGUUACACAAAUGGUGGAGAACUGAAUGUUUUUUUUUUUUUUUUAUCUCUACAGGCCUCUAACAGGUUUUUAUGAGUGACAGAACAGAUAAGAGUCAUGGGGAAUCAUGCAGCUGUGAAAACUCGAUGAGAAAAAGCCACUUCCGUGCCAGAUAACUGUAAAUGUAGUGUCCACACAGGACUUUUGAUUAAGCACAUUUUCAAAGCAACAUUGUUCCAGUUGAUGUAGUUGAGACAUUUUCUUCAUUCCCGCAGCGUUCGUGUACAAAUGUUUCGGAAUCAGAGGCUGAGCCGAUUCCUCCCUUCAGGCAGAUUUGAACAAAUAGCACAAGUUUCCAAGCGUUCCAUAAAAAAUAAUGCAGCUAAGAGAAUAAAAAAUUUAGGCACAUAGUAACUGACAGGAUUAUUUUAUACGUGAAAAAGCACAGAAAACAUUUGAUAUCAUUUAAAAAGGAAAAAUAUCAAAUCCUGUUUCUACAAUUGUCAGGUCAAAAUGUCCUGCUCACACCCAAUUGUGCCAUGUUUAAGAAAGUAGGAAAAUAAUCCUGGAUCUGCCCGUUUAUACUGAUCCGUUCUGCUUUGGGCGUCAUGCACCAAAUUUCAUGGAAAUAAGUGUUUUUUUUGUGUUUUACUGCUAAAAAACUAACACUGAUGAAAACCUCCUAACCUCCCUAUUGGAGGUUAUGGCUAUUAUUGUUAGCUUCAAGAAAACCUGUCGACUGGGCCAAUGGCUACAUCAUGUAUCUAUGUUCUGUACAUUACCUGUCAUUCAUGUCUGGUGUGUUAUUUCCAAAUUUAGCUUUUUGUUUCAAGCCACUGGAUAAUUAUCUAAAAAGUUACCCGGACUAACAGUAAAAGCCAAUUAAAGUCUGCGGAGACUGAUCCAUAAGUAAAAGUUUUUUUCAUUUUACUUUAAUGCAUGUUUUGAUAUUGAGGCCACCCCAUCAUGUACUUAAAGCCUUUAACAUACUGUAAUUGUGGAUGUCUUUCUAUGAUCUGCUCAUAGCAUAGAGAAAAAAAAACCAAUGUUAUACUUGUUUGUUGAAUAUUGUGGUGUCCAGUGUCUGCCAUUUUGCAGUGGAAGCUUUUUUUA